AUGUCCAACGACCAGACCGGCUCGCAGUCCGGUCUCAUCGACCCCAUCGACUCGAUGAUCGACUUCUCCGAGUACGACAACAUCUCUUAUCAGUCACCGGCUGUGUCCCCGGCUGCCAAUAAGGGAGUCUUUACUCGACCGACGACCACGGCCACGACUUCCGCCUCAUUGCUGUCAACAAGCCAGCCCCUCAACCCGCCGAGCCAUCAAUACGACCAGUACAAGCAACAGACUGGCAUCGUCCCGGGCGCUCUGGCCAACACGUUCGCUGUGAACCAGAACAACGCGCAGAUCACCGGCUACAGCAACUUCAACAUCGAUACUUAUCUCGCCAUGAACAACAACGAUGACCUGUUCGACUUCAACACCGCUCCUUCGCAAAACUCUUUGAGCACGCCCGACAUGGAUAUGGACUUUGAGUCGCCCACCAACGACCCCAAUUUCUUCUUCGGUGAGACGGUCAACCCCAAUGUCAUCGGUGGUCAAGAGAACAACAGCCUGCCGUCCCCGCCUGUGAUGCCUUCCCAGGCUGGACGAGUCUGGCCUGGUAUGCACCAGCAAGCUGCCCUCGCCAAGGCCCAGGCCCAGCAGCGCCAGCAGCAACAGAUCAUCCAGCAGCAGCAGCAGAGGCAAAGCGCCCCCAAGCAGCAGCAACGUGGCAAGGCUGUGCAGCCGUCCGAUCCUAUUGUCGAGCAGAAGAUCACCCAGCUUCUCAAUUCUAUGCGUGCUAAGCCUGCUUCGCCCGAUGCAUCGCAAACGUCUCCUUCCUUGAACAUCACUCGCCCUAAGAAGGAAGAGGAGGAUAUGGAUGAGGACGAGCGUCUCCUGGCUAGUGAAGAGGGCAAGAAGUUGAGCAGCAAAGAGCGCCGCCAGCUGCGGAACAAGGUUUCCGCCCGGGCUUUCCGAUCCCGCAGAAAGGAAUACAUUUCCCAGCUCGAGGCCGAGAUCGCUGGCAAGGUCACUGAGAAUGGUGACUUGCGGGCCCAGAACCGUGCUCUCCAGGAGGAGAACAAGCGCCUGUCGGACCUCACUCGCAUGCUUCUCUCUUCGCCUUCUUUCUCUGACUUUUUGGAGCGCAUGACGCCGAAUGCGGGUCCAGUCCCCCAGCCUGCCCCUCAGACUGAGCAGAGGCAAGAGUCUAGGCAAAUCCCCAAGGAUGUGAACCCUUACGCCGGCCAGCAGCAAACACAGCACCAGAUUGGUAUGGCGAUGAUUCCAGAGCAGACCAUGGAUUUCUCCAUGCUUAGCCUGGACGCCGACUCGGCUUUCUCUUUCCAGCCUCAGGUAUACGCCGUUCUGGAGACGCCCGAUAUCUCGAUUGAUACUUCAGUCCUGUCUGGAAAGACCUCCAACUUCGUCGGCUCAUGUUGCGACGAGGAGGAGAAGGUUGAGAUGCCUGUCAUAGAGCACCCCGUGGAGGACAAGAAGGCUAUCGAAGUCGUUGCACCCACUAUCGUUGACGAUGAGUUCGAGAACGACCCGACUUUCGCUCUGUACCAUGACGCCCCCAAGAGUGUCGCCGCAUCUGUUGAGGAGCCCCGAGAGAUCAACACCGACGCGUUCUCUAAUGUGGAUAUCUUCGGUGGUCUCGAGCCUGAGAAGCUUCUUGCUCGCUACGACCUUGUUGACGCCACUGAAGAGACUGUCAAGGGGGCUGAGGCAUCACUGGUCGUUGCCCGGGUAGAACGCAUCGCUGCCAACCUGGACAUAAUAGCCACCAGGCUAGAGAUGCUCAGCUUCGACUCAUGA